CUUGUCGUUAGGACCUCACACUGUUCCUGACGUCCUCCUGGUCUAAAGUCUGUGUGAAGGGUUUGAGGCAGAAACCUUCUAACUUUGAUCUUGUCAGAAACCAAAGUGUUUCUGAGAAUCAGAGGAAUGAAGUGUUAUUGAACUGAUCCUUUCUCUGAACUCCUGAUUCUUAAUGGAUGGAUCUACUGUGAUCUACUGUGGAUCUACUAUAUGGAGACUUUGAGCUGGUUGUGGUUUUACAGGAAGGUGAAGAUGCUGCUGCUGUUUGUGAUCCUCUGUCACGGUUUCCGUCAUGUCUUGUGUGUGGAGGUUCUUGAAGGAGCAGCUUCCGUCGUGCUGCCCUGUCACAUCUCCUCAGUUCCCACACGUCCCACUGUGCUGUGGAGCCGCCACAAACUCAGUCCAUCAACUAUCCACCAGCGUAACGAGAACGGAGACAGCCUCAAAGACCAGAACCAGUGCUACAGCGGCCGGACGUCGAUGAAGACGGACGCUCUGCAGACUGGAGACCUGAGUCUCACUCUGAGGAGACCCCGUGUGUCUGACAGCGGCAACUACAGCUGCACCAUCACCGCGUUUGGGAACGAACGGAGACUGGCUGAGGUGGAGCUAAAGGUCAAAGAACUGAAGACGCUGCCUGUUGACGUCUCAGUUCUCAUCAGCUUCCUGCUCAUUUCUCUGGUCGCCAUUAUGAUUCUUGGAGUUUAUCUGUGGAGAAUUAAGACAUAUGUGAGAAGAUUAAAAAACAAAGCCACACAGGUGGCAGCAGAUUCAGGAGUGGAGUCUGUCCUGCUUCUCUGCAAAACCACAGCCAAGCUGCCUGAGGACGUCAGAGUGGAGUGGAAGAGCUACUACGGCAUGGUCCAUGUGUAUGAGAACGGUUCUGAUCAGCCUGAGGAACAAAACUGGUUUUACAGAGGACGAACAGAGAUGAUGAGAAACCUGCUGAGAACUGGAGACGUCAGUCUGAGACUGAAAUACCCAACACACCCAGGAACCUUCACCUGCACCGUCUACAACAAGGAGAAAAAGAUCCUGAUGAAGAAACGGGUGGAGCUGAAGGUCGAAGUUCAACAGGUGGAGGUGCAUUCAGGGGUGGAGUCUGUUCUAUUGCCUUGUAAAGCCACAGUUCACCUGCCUGAAGACGUCAGAGUGGAGUGGAGGAACAGAUACUACAGGGCGGUCCAUGUGUAUGAGAACGGUUCUGAUCAGCCUGAGGAACAAUACAGGUUUUACAGAGGACGAACAGAGAUGAAGAGCAACCUGCUGAGAACUGGAGACGUCAGUGUGAGACUGAAGAACCCAACAGGUGAUGACACAGGAAGCUUCACCUGCACCAUCUACAACAGGGAGAGACACAUCCUGAUGAGGAAACAGGUGGAGCUGCAGGUCAAUGACUGUGAGGUGGAGGAGGGGGCGGAGUCUGUGCUGCUGCCCUUCAGGACCGGAGGGAACCUGCCUGAGGAUGCUACAGUGCUGUGGAAACGAUAUGAACCUGAAUACAUGGAAGUUCACAAAUAUCAGAACGGUUCAGACCAACUUGGAGACCAGAACCAGUUUUACAGAGACAGAACAGAGAUGAAGGAAAACCUGCUGGAAACUGGAGACGUCAGUCUGACCCUGAAGAACCCAACAGUCAGAGACACAGGAAAAUACGAAUGUAAGAUCGGGAACAACAGCAUCUGGAGAUACAAAACGGUGCAGCUCAAGGUUAAAGCUUGUUACCAGACUGUGAUCUACUGUGGAUCUACUAUAUGGAGACUGAGCUGGUUGUGGUUUUACAGGAAGAUGAAGAUGCUGCUGCUGUUUGUGAUCCUCUGUCACGAACGAUUUUCACUCUGGACCACAGUUCUUCCUGUGGUUGUUAUCCUGGUUCUGGUUGCUUGGUUCCUGUUCAUACACGUUCAACAAUAUUUCACCUCAGUCCAACAGGUGGAGUCAGGGCAGGAGUCUGUGCUGCUGCCUUGUAAAACCAUAGUUAACCUGCAUAAAGACGUCAGAGUGGAGUGGAUGAACAGACAGAGCAGGACGGUCCAUGUGCAUCAGAACGGUUCUAAUCAGAUGAUAGAACAACACAGUCUGUACAGAGGACGAACACAGAUAAAGAGAAACCUGCUGAGAACUGGAGACGUCAGUCUGAGACUGAAGAACCCAACAGAUAAAGACAGAGGAACCUUCACCUGCACCGUUUAUAACAAUAAGAGAAACAUCCUGAGGAAGAAACAGGUGGAGCUGCAGGUCAAAGUCCGUGAGGUGGAGGUGGAGGAGGGGGCGGAGUCUGUGCUGCUGCCCUUCAGAACCACAGGGAACCUGCCUGAGGAUGCUGCAGUGGACUGGGCUUUUUAUGGAGAGAACCCCAUGAAUGUUCAUUAUUAUUACAACGGCUGUGACUGUCUGGACAAACUGGACGACAUUUACAAAGGCCUCAACGGUCCAAUGCAGUCCCAAUGUGGGGUCAAUAAAGCUUCAGUUACCAGACGUUCUGUUUCAUUAGUGCACAUCUUUUGUCCUACAAACUGGAAGAUGUCUGCUCUUUGAGGACCCGGCCUGGUCUCCUCUCAUUCUUCAUGCUGGAGCCCAGUAACCAUCAGGUUUCUGGUCCUCCUUUCCUGGCUGUGAGGUUCCACCAGUGAGCAUCUGGUGGGCCACUUCUGUCAGUGUCACACCUGUUAUUGUUUGGGGUUCUGGAGGCAGAUCAGCUUUGUGCUUUUCUGCAGAACUUCCAACAUCUGAAGCCUCACAUUCAUCCUGUCUUUGAACUUUGCAGGAUUUUUUUCUUUUCUGAAACAGUGGCUGCUGUCAGCUGGGAGUUUGUACAUUAAACCAUUAAACAUGACUGGAUUUGA